AUGGAGAGUUAUUUAAAUGAGAAUUUUGGAGGUGUAAAGUCCAAGAACUCCGACGAAGAAUCUCUUGGAAAAUGGAGGAAACUUUGUGGCGUUGUAAAGAAUCCCAAAAGGCGCUUUCGUUUCACUGCCAACAUCUCCAAACGUUACGAAGCUGCUGCUAUGCGCCGCACCAAUCAGGAGAAGCUAAGGGUUGCUGUUUUGGUUUCGAAAGCCGCGUUUCAAUUUAUUCAAGGUGUUCAACCAAGCGACUACGUUCUACCUGAGGAUGUUAAGGCUGCAGGUUUCCAAAUCUGUGCUGAAGAAUUGGGAUCUAUUGUUGAAGGCCACGACGUAAAGAAGCUGAAGUUUCAUGGUGGAGUUGAUGGCAUUGCAGAAAAGCUUUCGACGUCAACAACCCAAGGACUCGGUGGCGAUUCUGAGUCGCGGAAUAGAAGGCAAGAGCUAUUCGGGAUCAAUAAAUUUGCUGAAAGCGAAAUGCGAAGCUUCUGGGUUUAUGUUUAUGAAGCCCUUCAAGACAUGACCCUCAUGAUCCUUGGAGUGUGUGCUUUCGUGUCUUUGAUAGUUGGCGUAUUGACCGAAGGAUGGCCGAAAGGAGCUCAUGAUGGUCUUGGAAUAGUUGCAAGUAUCUUACUUGUUGUCUUUGUGACAGCAACGAGUGAUUAUCGGCAAUCGUUACAGUUUAAGGAUUUAGAUAAGGAGAAGAAGAAGAUUUCUAUUCAAGUUACGAGAAACGGUUAUAGGCAGAAAAUGUCGAUAUACAAUUUACUUCCUGGUGAUAUUGUUCAUCUUAACAUUGGAGACCAAGUACCUGCAGAUGGACUAUUUGUUUCAGGAUUUUCAGUGUUGAUCGAUGAAUCAAGUUUAACCGGCGAGAGUGAGCCAAUAAUGGUUACUUCCCAAAAUCCAUUUCUUCUCUCAGGAACAAAAGUCCAAGAUGGAUCAUGCACGAUGUUGAUUACCACUGUUGGGAUGAGGACUCAAUGGGGUAAAUUGAUGGCAACUCUUAGUGAAGGCGGAGACGAUGAAACACCAUUGCAGGUGAAACUUAAUGGAGUAGCAACCAUUAUUGGAAAGAUAGGACUAGUCUUUGCAGUGAUUACCUUUACAGUUUUGGUUAAAGGACACUUGGGCCGCAAAAUCCGCGAAGGAAGAUUCUGGAGGUGGGCUGGUGAUGAUGCAAUGGAGAUGUUGGAAUUCUUUGCUAUUGCGGUUACUAUUGUUGUCGUUGCCGUUCCAGAGGGUUUACCAUUAGCUGUGACAUUGAGUCUUGCAUUUGCAAUGAAGAAGAUGAUGAAUGAUAAAGCCUUGGUUAGGCAUUUAGCAGCAUGUGAAACUAUGGGAUCAGCCACAACUAUAUGCAGUGACAAAACCGGUACAUUAACAACCAACCGAAUGACGGUUGUGAAAACGUGCAUUUGUAUGAAUAGCAAUGAUGUGAAUAAUCAUGAUUCUAGCCUUUCGUCUGAGCUACCGGACUCUUCUGCAAAACUGCUGCUACAAUCGAUAUUUAAUAACACCGGAGGAGAGGUUGUGUAUAACAAAAAAGGCAAACGCGAGAUAUUGGGGACGCCCACCGAAUCAGCAAUAUUGGAAUUUGGUUUGUCACUAGGUGGUGAUUCUAAGGCUGAGAGAAAAGCUUGCAAAAUUAUUAAAGUUGAGCCAUUCAACUCUGAGAAGAAAAGAAUGGGAGUAGUUGUGGAGCUACCUGAUGGAAGUUUAAGAGCUCAUUGCAAAGGUGCUUCUGAAAUAAUUCUAGCUGCUUGUGACAAAGUUAUUGGUUCGAACGGCGAAGUUGUCGGGCUUGAUGGAGAAUCAAGUAAUUAUCUUAACAAUAUUAUUAACCAGUUUGCUAAUGAGGCACUUAGAACUCUUUGUCUUGCCUAUAUGGAAUUGGAAAAAGGGUUUGCUGCCGAUGAUCCGAUUCCUGCUUCUGGUUAUACUUGUAUUGGAAUUGUUGGUAUCAAAGAUCCGGUUCGCCCUGGAGUUAAGGAGUCUGUCGCAGUGUGUCGUUCGGCUGGAAUAGUAGUGAGAAUGGUUACAGGAGACAAUAUUAAUACUGCAAAGGCUAUAGCCAGGGAAUGCGGAAUUUUAACAGAUGAUGGCAUAGCUAUUGAAGGUCCUGACUUCAGAGAGAAAACUCAAGAGGAGUUGUUUGAACUUAUUCCUAAAAUUCAGGUUAUGGCUAGAUCAUCACCUUUAGACAAACAUACAUUGGUGAGACAGCUGCGUACAACAUUCGGGGAAGUUGUAGCUGUAACUGGCGAUGGAACAAAUGAUGCUCCAGCACUUCAUGAAGCCGACAUCGGACUUGCAAUGGGAAUUGCUGGAACUGAGGUUGCUAAAGAAAGUGCCGAUGUUAUAAUUCUUGAUGAUAAUUUCUCCACGAUAGUCACAGUGGCGAGAUGGGGACGUUCCGUUUACAUCAAUAUCCAGAAAUUCGUACAGUUUCAGCUUACUGUAAAUGUGGUUGCAUUACUAGUGAACUUCUCAUCCGCCUGCAUGACAGGCAGUGCACCACUCACAGCAGUUCAACUUUUGUGGGUGAAUAUGAUAAUGGACACUUUAGGAGCACUUGCACUUGCAACUGAACCUCCAACCGACGAUUUGAUGAAGCGUGAACCGGUGGGAAGGAAAGGUGAUUUCAUCAGUAGCGUCAUGUGGAGAAAUAUCUUAGGACAAGCAUUGUAUCAGUUUGUGGUAAUAUGGUUUCUUCAGGCAGUAGGAAAAUGGAUCUUUUUCCUCAGGGGCCCCAAUGCUGAUAUAGUCUUAAACACACUCAUUUUUAACACAUUUGUCUUCUGUCAGGUUUUCAAUGAGAUAAACUCUCGUGAGAUGGAGGAAAUAGAUGUUUUUAAGGGCAUAUGGGAUAAUCACGUGUUCGUGGCAGUCAUCAGUGCAACUGUAGUCUUCCAAAUCAUAAUAGUUGAGUACUUGGGAACCUUUGCAAAUACAACACCUUUAUCUCUGGUACAAUGGAUCUUUUGCUUAGGGGCUGGAUAUAUGGGCUUGCCAAUCGCAAUUCGCUUAAAGCAGAUACAAGUCUGA